AUGGAGGCAGACUGGGACGAGGUGUCUCGUAUCGUGGUGCCGCCUCCGGGCCCGCAUUUGUUGCCUACGGUGGCUACCGCCAUCGGGUUCGAUGAUACGCAGGAGUUGUUGUGGGCGGGCAACGAGUUUGGCCGCGUGACGUCCUUCCAUGGUCCUGAGUUACAACGAUAUACCUCAGUCAAAGCCCAUCCAGCUUCUGAAGGACCGGUGCGGCAGCUCCUCUUCCACGACAAGGGAGUAAUAUCUCUAUCUUCUAAAAGCGUCCAUCUAACAUCCCGCCGUGGCCUGACACAAUGGCAUCUCUCCGCUCCAGAAAUGGUAGACUUGCGCUGCAUGAGCUUUACCACGCAUUUGUCUCGCCUCAUUGUCGCCGGAUGUCAACCUACCAUGCUGAUAAUCGAUUUAGACAAGGGAACGGUGGUGGAAAAGAUACCCGCGGAAGCUAACUAUACCAUUAUGAAAAAGUCUCGACAUCUUUGCGCCGCAACAGAUGCAGGGUCAGUUCACGUCCUGAGUCUAACGGACUACAGCCUCCUGAAGAGCUGGAAGGCCCAUGGAGCCGUGAUUAAUGAUAUGGAUGCCCGAAACGACUUUCUCGUCACAUGCGGCUUUUCCGUACGGCAUAUUGGAACACCCAUUGUCGACCCUCUUGCAAACGUGUACGAUUUGAAAUCAUUAACUCCGCUAUCCCCUGUCCCUUUCCAUGCUGGAGCAGCCUACGUUAGGAUGCAUCCCAGACUACAAACCACCAGCUUCAUAGCCUCACAGUCUGGCCAGCUACAGGUCGUCGAUCUCAUGAACCCGAAUUCAAUCAGCCUCCGCCAAGCCAAUGUCAGCUUCAUGCUAGGCAUGGAAAUAUCACCCUCGGGAGAAGCCCUUGCAGUAAACGAUGCUGAAUGCUCUGUUCAUCUCUGGGGCUCUCCAGCCAAAAUACACUUCAACGAAAUGAGCAAAGAGACGGAAUUCCCUGCUGUGGCGUCUCGACCACCACUCCUAGAUUGGUCUGCAGAUACACCCCUGAAUGUAGUUGGUAUGCCAUAUUAUCACGAUCGCCUCCUUUCUGCUUGGCCUAGCCACCUCGUUUUCGAGGUAGGCAGUAUUCCUAAACAAAUUGACCCCGCCAUCAUACCGUAUCUGCACCCUAGUGAUAUGGGUCAAUACGCUCCAAAUCCACGAAAAACACACAGAUACCAGGUUGAAAACACCCGCUGCCAGCCUUCUACGGAAACAGCUUUGGCGGCUCCCAAGUUCCUGAGCGAGAAGGCUAGGGCACAUACAAAGUCCAAGUCCCUUGGUGAUCAAGACUCAGCGGAUGCCUUGGAUGGGUUAAAGAUCAACGGGGAGGCGGACAAUGACCCGUUAUUAAAGUAUAGUAAUGUUGAAAUCAAGUAUAGCAAGUUUGGCGUGGACGACUUUGAUUUCAGAUACUAUAACAAAACAAACUUCUCUGGUCUAGAAACACAUAUCUCCAACUCGUUUACCAACGCACUUCUCCAAUUAUUCAAAUUCAUCCCACUUGCCAAAAAUCUCGCUCUUCAUCAUGCUGCAACAAACUGCAUCUAUGAGAACUGCCUACUUUGCGAGAUGGGAUUUCUUUUCGAUAUGCUAGACAAGGCAAACGGCCAAAGCUGUCAAGCAACAAAUUUACUUAAAACAUUCAGCGGAUUCAGAGAGGCAGUUAACCUUGGCCUUUUAGAAGAGAACCUGACCAAUAAAUCACUCGCUUCUACCAUCCAAUCGGUCAAUCGAUUCUUUUUAAACCAAAUAUCCCAUGAUUAUCGACUUCUUUAUCCCAGUUCCGACCAGUUGGAUCACGUACUUGCAACUUCAGCAAUAGAGUCUGUUCGAUGCAUGUACUGCCGUAACGAAAUCGUCCGAGCAGGAAACACUUUUGUAAGCGAACUGAUAUAUCCCGCAGUCGACAUCAAGCAGGCCGCACGUAACCCAGCCUGUCGAUUUUCAAACAUACUUCGUGCAAGUAUCGAGCGUGAAGCUCAGAACCGCGGCUGGUGCAGCACAUGCAGACGUUACCAGCAAGUUGCCAUCAGAAAAACAGUUGAGAGGAUGCCGAUGGUGUUGAUGAUCAAUGCAGCAAUCAAUAAUCCUGUUUGCAGACAAUUCUGGUCUAUUCCUGGUUGGCUGCCUGAGGAGGUCGGAAUCGUUACUGAUGGUAAACAGAUGCGCUGUUUUGAAGGUACAGACCUACAGGCACAGAAACGAGAAAAUGCAUCCAAUUUGCUUGUGUACCAACUCGUUGGCCUAGUUGCAGAGAUUGAUAUUGUAGAUCAAAAGAAGCCCCAUUUAGUGUCUUUUAUCGAUGUGGCCAUCUCUGCAACGACUCCGACUGGCGAGAGCCAGUGGCAUCUCUUCAAUGACUUCCUGGUUACUGAAGUUGACAAGAGCGAAGUUUUAUCGUUUAAACAACCAUGGAAGCAACCAUGUGUGCUUUCUUAUCAAAUAUCGACUGCGAGGCAUGGGGUAGAUGACUCUUGGAAGAACGCGCUGGAUACCACUCUCCUUUUCUACGAGUGGUCCAUGAACAAUUGUCGCCCAAUUGAGUCAUGUCAGGUUCUAAAACCAGACGAAAAGCCCGCCCCAGGAACUGCUAUCGCUCUAGACACAGAAUUCGUGGAUCUGGAAAAGGCAGAAAUCGAGGUCAAGGCGGAUGGAACUCAUGAAAUGAUUCGUCCUAGCAAGAGCGGCCUCGCUCGUGUUUCCGUUAUCCGGGGCAACGGUAACCUUCAAAGUUCGCCUUUUAUCGAUGAUUAUAUUACCAUCAAGGACCCCAUUGUCGACUACGUCACUCAAUAUUCAGGCAUUAAACCUGGAGAUCUAGACCCACGAACCAGCACACACAACCUAGUCCCGCUUAAGGUGGCAUAUAAGAAGCUUUGGCUACUGCUUAACCUGGGUUGCGUCUUCGUCGGUCAUGGACUUGCAUCUGAUUUUCGGAAAAUCAACAUUCAAGUUCCAAAAACGCAAACCAUCGACACUCAAUAUCUAUUCUUUCACCCCUCUAAAAGCCGUCGAUUAAGCCUUCGAUACCUGGCAUGGGCAGUUUUCAAAGAAUACAUCCAGGAAGAAAACACCAGCCCUUCCCCGAAAACCGCAACAGCUACUCCCGAUCUCCCCACAUCAAACCCAACCUCAACCCCCGCAGCUACAACCGCAGAAGGCCAUGACUCCAUCGAAGAUGCACGCAUGGCUUUACGGCUAUGGAAGAAAUUCCAAGAAUACGAAGACGCAGGCAUCGUCAACCAGAUGUUAGAAGAAAUCUUCCGUGAAGGAGUAAAGCAUGGAUUCCGGCCGCCUCCUCGCCAUCAGCCAUCACAAUUAUCCGCUACCUCUACAUACCAGCCCUCAAGCUCUGGGCUAGCAGUUUACAACCCAAAGCUGUCAGGACCAGCCACUGCAGCCUCGCUGUCCUCACCCCCUAGCGGGCGGAAUACGCCGGACGUAGCGUCAGGGAGCAGUGCACUGGGCACAAAUGGUGGUGUUGCAGAUAAUAACACACCGACGACUCCACGACAAAUGUUCCGACGAUCCACCGCGUUGACUCCAACGAGUAGCAGUUAUUCAGGGGGUAUUGGAAAGUACCCCAUGUUUGGAGGAAGCCCCAUGCGAUAG